AUGAUAGCCAUUGUCCGCGUGGGCAGACCGCACACCACCAACGAAGUCAAAGACAUUGCACGCACAGCCGGUGCUCUCAUCCUCGCCCACGGCGGCGUAGUCCGCGGUCUGACCAAUUGGGGACCGUUCCUCCUCAUCAAACCCAUCAGGAAAAACCAAGCGCGGCACGACUCUGGCCACCACUUCAUACUACGCUUUGACGCCUCGCCUUCCGUACAAGAGCUGGUCAAGAAAACAGUGUCGGUAGAUCCGCGGAUGGUCAGGUGCGGAAUUGUGAAGAUGGGUGGGAGACUGAAGGAUAUUGUUAAUGCGAAAGGGGUGGUGGAGUGGCAGCGGAAAAGGAGGGAGAGGGAUUUAGGGAAUUAUAUGGGGAAUAUGUGA